AUGCCCAAUUACGAUUACCAGUUCAUCAACUACUCCCACCCAUCCGAGCAAACCAGCUCCGAGAACCGACGGAAAGUAGCAUCUUAUAUUGGCAUCCACUUCAGAAACCGGUCCAAACCAUUGUACCGAUCUACUAUCAAUUCCGCUCUAGAUUCUGACAAUCAACACCACCACCAUCCGUAUUUUAACUGGACUUGGAGAAGAUAUCUACAGUUAUCUGGCCGAGACCAUCCAGUUCCUGCUGCACAACCGCCUCCUCAAAACAUCAACGUCAACAUCAAUACCAAUUUCAAUAGUAUCGCUGCUGCUUAUGCUCAUACAACAGCCAUCUCGCACGACAGACAUGGAGUUCGCACUGACCCAUUCUACAGCUAUCCAGUGGACUACGUUCGACCUAGUAUACCCAGAGCUGUUGACUAUUGGAUCCACAUCUACGGCCCAACCCACCUAAUCCGACCGAAUCUCCUAACUCCCGACCAAGGCAGAUCUAUUCUUCAAUUAUAUUUCCAAUACGCACUUCACGAUCCUGUUCUAUUCGAAGCUCUAGUCGCUGUAUCCCAAGCCAAUCUAAGUGUCCAAUCAUGGGAGAAUGCCAUCUCCAGUGUCGGUGCAGUUGCCGGUGCCGGGAGGAGUACCACUCGUCUUGAUAGGGAUACUUUAUAUCAUUAUGGACAGACGGUUCAACGAUUGAGAGGCCAUCUGGCGAAGGAGAAUGGAUAUCAGGAUGAUUCGGUUCUCUUGGCGAUCAUUGCGUUGAUUGCUGUUAAUUAUCUCUCAAACGACAUGGACUCUCUUGAAAUGCAUCUCAAAGGUGUGAGAAGGAUUGUUGCUCUCCGUGGAGGGAUUGAUGAGGUUGGUUGGCCGUUGAUUUUGAAACCAUAUUUGAUUAGCAUCGAGAGUUUCUGGGGCUAUUUCUCCCGCAACGCCAGUACCAAUAUCAACACCACAUCACAAACCUACCACGAAAAUCAAGAUCCCUCCAACCCUCCAAUCCUCAGAGUCGACGACUCACUAUCCCAACACGACGACGACAACGACGACGACGACGACCACACCACUCACUCCCCCUCCCCCACCCCUCUCUCCUCAAAAAUCUCCCUUCUCCCAACUGGCUUCUCCCGCCUUGCUGUCACCCACCAGCUCAGCCCCAAGAUCAUCAAUCUCCUUUACCGUAUAGUCCUCCAACAAGACCACAUCAACGCGAUAUUCACCGCCGGAUCAGCCGGCGACGUCAACGGGGCCAAUCUCGAAGAAAUCGAAAUCUGUAUGCGUUUACUCGGAAGAGACGACCUUACUUUGAUUGAACGAGUCUGCUGUAUGGGCGUGAUGAUCAGAUUAACCGAUCCAGGGAGAUUAUCGGGGAGGGUUAGUGCGAUUUACGAAGAGGAAGUGAAGAGACAUGCGGAGGGUGUAUUAGGAUGGCAAAUGGCGUUUGAAGAGGAUGAGGAUCUUAUGCAGUGUUUUCUGUGGUUGGCCAUGUGUAUGGCGGUGACGAUGGUUUCGCCGAAGGGAGGGGGGGUUGUUGGAGGAGGUAGAGAGGAUGGGAGGUUUAGAUUACUGAUGGCGGUGGCGAGGUGGUAUCACAGGGAAGGGGAAGGGGUGGAGUGGGAUGGUGUGAGAAGGAUAUUGGAUGGGUUUUUCACGAUUGAUGAAUGGUGGGAUGGUUGGGAACGGGUGUGGAGGAUGGCGGAGGACGAGAUUCGACGUCUGGAUCACGACUUACAAGUUUAA